AGCAAGGCCCACCAGUACACGUCGAACAGCGAUUACCGUCCUUUCUGAGCAAUUCGAUCACCCUGACAUCUUGUUUCCUUUUUCUAUCUCGACUAUUCUGCGUCCGCCUUGACAUAUAGUAAAGUAAUAACGAUUGUGUCUAGACUGUAGUUUGGCCUUGACCUAUCUGCCUUCGAGUGGGGACCGCUUGGUUGUGCCAUUCAGCUAUCCAAUCGACACCCUCAGCUAGCCCAAUCCCGUCUUCCGCAUCUGAGAGUAUGGGCUCACUUCCAGCUACCUUCGAAGAGGUCCUGGCUCAAUCGACGGGGAAAGACUCAAAUAUUGUCCCGGGAUGCGUUCUGGCAGCUGUGAAUUCUUCAGGCGACUACUUCUACCACAAGGCUGCUGGUGACUCCGGUGUCAAACCAGACGCGAAACCGUUGGAUAUCGAGGCUACUUUCUGGAUUGCGUCAUGCACCAAGUUAUUGACGAGUAUCUGUGCUUUGCAACAAGUCGAGCAGGGUAAAGUCGAUCUGGACGAAGAUAUUACGCGCAUCGUACCAGAGAUGAAGGACUUGCCCAUCAUAACAGCGGACGAGAGUGCACCAAACGGCUUCACGCUGAGACCCCGGCACAAUAAGAUCACGCUGCGCCAACUGCUCAGUCAUACCUCUGGUGUGGGCUACGAUUUCUUAAGCCCUCUCAUCCAAGCCUGGAGAGAGAAGAAUGGGCCUCCUCCAGCCGAGCGCGCUGGCAAAGUUCUUUUGCAAUAUUUAACUCCCCUCCUGUUCGAACCUGGCGAAGGUUGGGCUUACGGUAGCGGCAUUGAUUUUGCGGGUAUCAUGGUGGAGCGUCUCAAUGGCGGCCAGCGUCUGGGCGAAUACAUGGCCGAGAAGAUCUUCAAACCGCUGGGAAUGAACAGCACCUGCUUCCACAUUGACCGCGCUCCAGAGAUUCGCGCUCGUCUCAUGUCGUCUUCGCGACGUGAGGCCGAUGGCACACUGUCUCACAGUGAUUCGAACGGCUGGCCAGAGCACAUGGACGAAGACUGUGGAGGUGGUGGACUAUGGUCCUCGGUUACGGAUUACAUGAAAGUACUGGCCGAUCUGAUCUCACCGCAGCCUACCUUGUUGAAAAUCGACACGAUCAACAAUAUCCUCGCAGCGCCGCAAAUUCCUCCCGGAAACAAAGGUCUUGCUAUGCUAGCAGAUGCGCGAGGUGGUGCUGUGGCUGCCAAUGCGGCUGCCUCAGCAGAUGCGCCGCCUAUCAAUUAUGGAUGCGGCGGGAUGGUCAUUACGGCGGAUUCAGAUAUCCUUCCUGCAGGCACUCUGACCUGGGGUGGCUUGCCGAACCUGAAAUGGUUCUUAAACAGAGAAAAAGGAGUAGCAGCGAUGUACGCGACUCAGAUAUUGCCUCACGGUGAUGAGAUGAGCAUUGGUCUGUCAAACAAGUUCUUCGCUGAGGUAUUGAGGCUUCAUCAAGAGAAGAAAGUUAAAUAAAGCAUGUAGGAAGCAUGCUUCUUAGUCUAACGUGCUGUGCAUAAUGUAAAAAUAGAGAAAACCCACCUCGGAAUCAAUUUUACUUACGUAUGAA